CUAUCCGUCGAGGCAAAAAAAGCCACUGCAUCGUUGCUAAAAGGGCAGUUUUGUUCAAGUUGGCUCCCAUACCUUACAUCGUUCCCGCUUGCUGAAAGAUUCAUUUGACACAAUGCUGGCUACACUUCUUGUUUUGCUGAGCCUCCUUAUUUCGGGCGUAUCCCCGAAGCCUCUCCCCGAUAUCACCCACGCCUCGAUGAGGUUCGCCGCUUCAAGACGGGACUCAGAACCUCACAACUCCCUCCAUCGAUCCAAGAGGUUCAUCAGCACCUCACUCUCCGACCGGCGGCCAGAACCACCCCUCCGCCGUCCUGAAUGGAGGGACCCUAUGAUGUCAGCUGCUAGUCUCGAUUCAGCCGCAUCUAUGGUAUCUAAGCUUCUACGAGGUUCGGUGGAUGAGACCUUGCCAGUGAGGUUACUUCGUCAAGAAGGUGAUGAGGUUCCCGUGAAGCGAUUCAUCGGAUUGGAAUCCAGUCCGGUGAGAUACCUCACGCAGACAGAUCGUGAAGGUCAUCCAGACGAUUCAUCUAUGGCGAUGGGUUCCCAUGGAGAUGACGGAGCGCCCCCAGCGAAGGAUCUGAUCUCGAGGCUGAUGGCCAACAGAUAUCAUGCAGCCCCGUCAACAGAGGGCGCGGUUCCUCCUGAAGUUAAAAAGCCCCCUCUCACGGUGAAGGAUGAGGAAGCGAUAAAUAUGUCCGCUCUGGAGAUUCUUUUGAAAAGGCUUCUGAGAGAGAAACUGGCGAAAGGGGAGGAUUUUGCCGAAAUGUCGUUUAGAAAAUAGAGUAGAUCUACCAAUCGACAUCACGGAUCCAACUUCAUUCCACCACUUUAUUAAGCUCAGCCAAUGAAACCGCACACAUAAUUAUAACUUUUAAAAAUUAUAUCCCAGUUAGUCAGCUCCAUCCAAGUUAGUGAAUAAUUUUGCUUAAAGACAGUUAGUGAGUUAGUAACUGUAAUUUUUACCCAAAUGACGUAAAAGUUUAAUUAUCGAAAACGACUGAGUUGACCUACUGAGCCCCAAACAGUUGCUGUCACUGUCUUGAUCAAAUUGAUAAUGAUUAAUGUCACCCCUACAAACGGACUACUUUCUCUGAGUGUCUGCAAUUAUGUUUACACGGCUUACACACUUUCUGGGAGUGUUAAUCUCGCUACUAAUGGGCAGAAAUUAAUGUAAUUCCUGGAACGUGAGCUCGUGCGAAUGAAUUGCUCAUACGACCCACCGUUGUUCGUGUCGGUUGCGGUCCCUCGCGGCCGGCAACACGCGACAGAAUCCCGCAAGGGAACGAUCAAGUUUCAGGUGAUUAAUCAAUGCAAACAAGCCGACCGGCAAGCCCUGUACAUCUAAUCGAAAUGGAACGUGUUCUCCAAGUCUUCCGAUUUCCAUGCUCCCUGUAUUCUUCACCAACAUAACUGGCCACAUCCACCCACGUUAAUGCUAGCUUGAUCCCUCUGAAAGUGCAGCUGCA